GACCGUUUAAAUCGUUAGACUCAACGGUAGUGGACAGAGCGCGCGCAGUCAUGGAGCCUGAAACGAAGUUAAGAAACGGCGACUCUGUUUGAAAGUCUCAACCUUUCCACCAGAUCGCGCGAAAAUCCAUGAAAGAAAGCACAACCUUCGUCCUCACCAGACUGUUAUGUUUCGCUGCUUUCUCUCCUUCACUCCCUCUCGCUCUCACAGAAAACUUCCCCACCGUUCAAACCCUGCUCUCACAACAUCCGCCGCCGCCUCCCCUGCCGUCUCAAGCCCACCGCGUGCCUCCCUUUUCUUCCAAUCUCAAAACCCAACUCCCCAUUUGAUCCCAUUCAAGAGCUUGGCUGAUCAGUACACAUCAUCCGAGCCGCAGAUUAAAACCCAAGAUUUGGAUCAUGCCAGCAAUGGUGCAUAUGGGUAUCUUGCUACUCGAUUCAGGGACUCGCGUACCUCAAACGACGCGCAGAACUUUCAUUUGCAGAUUUGCAAACUUGGGUUUGCUAAUGAUUUGUUUUUGUGCAAUACUCUUAUCAAUGUUUACGUCAGAAGCGGUGCUUUGGUGGAAGCAGGCAUGCUGUUCGAGGAAAUGCCUGAUAAGAACUCGGUUACUUGGGCUUGCUUGAUUUCGGGGUAUACCCAGAAUGGCAUGCCAAAUGAGGCGUGUGCCCAUUUUAAACGGAUGGUUUCUGGCGGUUUAUCGCCUAGUCCUUACGCUUUUGGUAGCGUUCUUCGAGCUUGCCAGGAGUCUGGUCCUAGCAAGCUUAAGUUUGGGAUGCAAACACAUGGGUUGAUAUCUAAAACGGAUCAUGCUUCUGAUAUGGUAAUGGCUAAUGUGCUGAUGUCAAUGUAUGGGAAAUGUUUGGGGCCUGUUGAUGAUGCUUACCGGGUUUUUUGCGAGAUAAAGAUUAGAAAUUCAAUAUCCUGGAACUCAAUUAUUUCAGUUUAUUGCCAAAGAGGUGAUGCAGUCUCUGCAUACAAGCUUUUCUCGAGCAUGCAAAAGGACUGUGCAGGUUUCAGUUUGAAACCUAAUGAGUACACGUUUGGUAGCUUAAUAACUGCAGCUUGUUCUUUGGCUGGUUCGGGUUUGAGUUUGCUUCAGCAAAUGCUGACUAGGAUUAAGAAAUCUGGAAUUUUACAGGACUUGUACGUGGGAAGUGCUUUGGUUAGUGGAUUUGCAAGGUUUGGGUUAAUUGAUUAUGCUAGGAAUAUUUUUGAGCAGAUGAGUCAGAGGAAUGCAGUGUCAAUGAACGGGUUGAUGGUUGCAUUGGUGAGGCAGAAGCGAGGAGAAGAAGCCACUGAAGUUUUCAUGGAGAUGAAGGACUUGGUUGGAACAAACCUUGAUUCGCUUGUGGUUCUUUUAAGUUCUUUUCCUGAAUUUUUGGUUUUGGAGGAAGGGAAAAGAAGGGGAAGAGAGGUUCAUGCAUACGUAAUCAGGGCUGGUUUAAUGUACAGAAAAGUUGCAAUAGGUAAUGGACUGGUUAAUAUGUAUGCUAAAUGUGGUGCUAUUAAUGAUGCUUGCUCAGUUUUCAGGCACAUGGUUGACAAAGACUUAAUCUCAUGGAAUUCUCUAAUCUCUGGUCUUGAUCAGAAUGAGCGUUUUGAAGAUGCAGUCAUGAACUUCCGUGACAUGAGGAGAUCAGAGUUGAUGCCUUCAAAUUUUACAUUAAUUAGUGCUUUGAGUUCAUGUGCAAGCUUGGGGUGGAUCAUGUUGGGACAACAGAUACAUUGUGAAGCACUUAAAUUGGGACUUGAUUUCGAUGUUUCAGUGUCAAAUGCUCUUCUUGCAUUAUAUUCCGACACUGGGUAUCUUAGUGAAUGCCGAAAUGUUUUCUUCUUGAUGCAGGAGUAUGACCAAGUGUCAUGGAAUUCCAUAAUUGGGGCUUUAGCUGGUUCAGAGGCAUCAGUUUCAGAAGCUGUUCAAUAUUUCUUGGACAUGAUGCAAUCUGGGUGGGAGCUUAAUAGAGUAACACUUUUGAGCAUUCUUUCAGCAGUUUCAUCUCUCUCACUUCCAGAGCUGGGCCAGCAGAUUCAUGCUGUAGUCUUAAAAUACAAUGCUAUCGAGGACUGUGCUAUUGAGAAUGCACUAAUUACUUUCUAUGGAAAGUGUGGAGGGAUAGAUGACUGUGAGAGGAUAUUUUCUAGAAUGUCUGAGAGAAGGGAUGAAAUAAGUUGGAAUGCCAUGAUUUCUGGAUACAUACACAAUGAGCUCUUGCCCAAAGCCAUGGAUUUGGUCUGGUUUAUGAUGCAAAGGGGUCAGAGAUUAGACUCGUUUACCUUUGCUACCGUUCUUAGUGCUUGUGCCUCCAUUGCAACAUUAGAAAGUGGUAUGGAAGUUCAUGCGUGCGGGAUAAGAGCUUGUUUGGAAUCUGAUGUUGUAGUUGGAAGUGCACUUGUUGACAUGUACUCAAAAUGUGGAAGGAUUGAUUAUGCUUCAAGGUUCUUUGAAUCAAUGCCAGUGAAGAAUGCAUACUCUUGGAAUUCACUGAUAUCAGGUUAUGCUCGUAAUGGACAGGGACAAGAAGCUCUGAGACUUUUCGCGCAAAUGAAGCAACAAGGUCAGAUGCCAGAUCAUGUUACUUUUGUCGGAGUCUUAUCAGCUUGUAGCCAUGCAGGAAUGGUGGAUGAAGGGUUUCACCAUUUCGAAUCCAUGACCAAAGUACAUGGACUGGCUCCUAGGAUGGAGCACUUUUCAUGUAUGGUUGAUCUUCUUGGCAGGGCAGGAAAACUUAAUAUGAUAGAGGACUUCAUCAACAAAAUGCCAAUGAAGCCUAAUGUUCUUAUUUGGAGGACAGUUUUAGGGGCUUGUGGCCGAGCUAGUGGUCGCAACACCGAACUAGGUAGAAGGGCUGCUGAAAUGCUAUUAGAGUUGGAACCCCAAAACGCUACAAACUACGUGCUUCUUGCUAACAUGUAUGCUUCUGGAGGGAAGUGGGAUGAUGUGGCCAAGGCGCGGAUGGCAAUGAGGAAGGCAUCAGCAAAGAAGGAAGCAGGUUGUAGUUGGGUCACCAUGAAGGAUGGUGUUCAUGUGUUUGUAGCAGGAGACAAAUCACACCCGGAGAAAGAUUUAAUAUACGAUAAACUGAAGGAACUCAAUGGAAAAAUGAGGGAUGCAGGAUAUGUGCCUGAAACGAAAUUUGCGCUUUACGAUCUUGAACAGGAGAACAAGGAAGAACUCCUGAGCUAUCACAGCGAGAAGCUUGCGGUUGCAUAUGUUCUUACUCGCCCGUCACAGUUGCCUAUAAGGAUUAUGAAAAACCUCCGUGUUUGUGGUGACUGCCACACCGCCUUCAAAUAUAUAUCGAAGAUUGUUGGUAGGCAAAUAGUAUUGCGAGACUCAAACAGAUUUCAUCAUUUUGCAGAUGGCAAGUGCUCGUGCGGGGAUUACUGGUAAUCGACUAGUGAGUACUCGGUACUGAUUGAGACUGAGCAUAGUUGACAAUGUCAGAGUGGGGAGUACUGCCCUUGAUCAACUAAGAAGCUUCAGUUUUGGCAUUUUUGUACAGUAAUUUAGGAUUUGUUUAUAAGUGUUUUUAAAAUGACUGAAAGUGUUUUUAGAGAAAAUGUUGUGGGGUCCAAAAGCACUUACGUCCUUCCUGCAAAAAGCACUUAACGUCGUUUCCAUAAUUCA